GCUUCAUUAUUUAAUAGUAUUUCUUCUUCUAUGAGAGAGAGGAUGGCUUUUCCAAAGGAGAUCCUGACUUUUAUUUUAUCCCUGACGGCGCCACUUGUACUUUAUGCAUCAAACAACAUUUCAGCUUUGCAAAUGCCACUGGCUAUACUGGGAGUAGAAAUAGCUGCUCUUGCUGCAGUAUUCUUCAUGGCAUAUCUGUGUGUUCGAAAAGAAAAAUCUGUGGACUUCCUGUUUUAUGUGUUCGUUGUGUUUUCUUUCACCUCCACCGUUGACCUUAUGUGUGCUCUUGAGCUGGAUGGAUAUAUCAAAGGCUUUAUGGAUUUCUACAUUAACAAGGGUGAACCGUAUUUGAACACAGCACAUUGCAUCAUGAAGAACUACUGGAAUGGAGGGGUGAACUUUGUUUUGCUCCUCGUCAUCAUCCACCGCAUGUGGAAAGGGAAGUCAUAUCGGAGCUUGGCUCUUCUUUGGGUCGGCUCCAUGGUGGCCACUCAGAUCGUCUUUAUUCCAAGCAUUGUCAUAGGUAAACAUGCUAAGAACAUCUAUCCAGCAUUUGGGCUCAGCCUCUUCUUCAUGAUCCUGUCCAUGUGGACGGCAAUGAAGCUUUUCAACAGGCCCAGAGAGCUGCCAAUCAUUCCAGCAGACAAAGUUGCAGCAGAACAGAAGAAAAGGCUUCUGUAUCGCCCCAAAGACUUCCUGCUCACACUCGCUGUGCUCGGAGCCAUGGCCUUCACAGUGUUCAGAGGAUUUGUUGUUCUUGAGUGCACACUGGACAUGUGUUUCACCUACAUUUACCAGUACGAGCCCUACAUGAAGGACAGUGUUUCCUUCCCUAAGGUCAUGAUGUUGGUGUUCCUCUUCUACGCUUUGCCCCUGCUAACCCUUGUAGUUUACGGGCUGAUUGUUCCGGGAUGCACUUGGAUGCUGGACUGGACUUUGUUCCUCACAGGAGCUAUGGCUCAGAUGCAGUGGACGUACAUCGGUGCGUCGGUGCACUCUCGGACACCCUUCACCUAUCGCAUCCCUAAAGAGGAAUGGAGGCUGGUCAUGACCCUCAACCUUGUGUAUUUAGGCAUCCCUGCCCUGCUAGCUGCACGCUGCUUCCUAGAUCCAGCCUUCUUCAUGAAGCUGGUGCCUCCGGGGCAAGCAGACAACGAGAAAAAGCACAAGUAGACGCAUAAAAACCCGAGCAAAGCAAAGGUCCUAUGAACCUAACUUAACAGACUUAAACACAUAGAUGAGACAAGAAUCGAUUGUGUCUGGAAUUUGAAGCCCUCAGUGCGCUGGACUUUACCUCACCUUUUCUCCUUUCCUGAAUGACCCUUGUCUCUGCCGUGUGGAAGAAAAUCAGCUCCUCUAUUCCCGAGCUUAUCUCUACUCGACGAAUGACUCAUUUGAUGCAAUCCAGACAGUAACUCUGGACUCUGGCACACACUUUUCUGCCAACACAACACUGCCGGCAGAAUUACUUCAUACUGUGAGUCUUUGAGGCUUGAUUUCAAAGCAGCGUUUAUCUGCGAAGGUAUCUGCGAAGAUCUGACGGUUAAAUCCUCUCUUCCUAAUGAGCCAUUGUGAUGUACAAGAAAUGUGAUUGUCUCUCAAAGUGGUUUAUCUGUAGACAGUUUUCUUUCUAAUUAUCUUUGUUAGGAUUUUUUUGUUGUCGUUGUUGUUUUGUUUUUUCGGAGGAUUUAUAUCAAAAGGCUUGUGAUGAGGAUGAAACCGAACUUUAGUAAGAAUAAUAACAAAACGAAGAAGUUUCGAAGAAGAAGAAACAAAUCAGAAUUUUUUUUAAGGAUACACACCAGCGGCUUGUAUUUGCUGCACGUUCUUUUUGCUGCCUGAUAUGAAUCUAUAGUCUUGUGAAAUGCACUGUUUAUUAUACUCAGGGAGGGAGGCCGCAGGUUGCAAAAGGACACUGUAAUAUGCCUGAGGUUUCAGCGAUUAGAUUUCUGUGAACUCAUUCUGUUCCCAAAGGCCAAACCCGUGCCUCUUGGUUCUGCGCUUUAUCGGUGACAUCAUGCAGGCCAUAGAAUUUCUACACAUGCUCCUACACAUGGCCUAGUGAACUCUGACCCCUGCUGCUUCACAGAGAUAACUAAGGAACGACUGCAGGGUUUUGCAACCUCGCUGUUAAUCAGAAACCGCUACGGAGCUCCGUUUGUGACCUUUGGCAGACAUAGUGACUAAUAAAUAAUAACACUUUUGGUAACACUUUAUAUCAAGGAACACAUAUAAUAAGUAAUGUAAUGAAGGUCAUGCUGUUUGUUUAAUAAAGCUCUGAAUUUGGAUCCAUGUAAAAUGUGUAAAAUAGAAUACUGUGUAUGAGUUUAAAAAAAAAAAUCAGAAUUAAAAAACAUUUCUGUGUUUAAAAAAAAGAAAAAAGAAAAAUUAUUGUCCUUUUAAUGGACAGUUAAUGACAGGGUUGCCAGGUCAGCGGAUUUUCAUCACAUUGGUCUAAUUUACAAUACUCUAUUUUAAAGCUGCCAUUGUUUUACGGCAAAUAAUCAGCAGAAACAAAUAUAUGGAGUGAACAAUAUCUCUACAUCAGAAAUGUGUGACCUUGUUUUCUCAGUGCCAGGAUUUUCAAAGCUCUAAAUUUGGACCCAUGUAAAAUGUUCGCUUCAUAGCUAGACAUCUGUCAUGUACAAAUGAGUGAUAAUUGCAUUAUUAGUUGUAAUAAUUGGAAAUGUUAUUAAAGCUGUGUAAUACUGUAAUCUGGGUAUGAGUUUAAAAAAAGCAUAAUUAAAAAACAUUUCUGUGUUAAAAACAAAAUGAAAAAUUAUUAUCCUUUUGAUGGACUGUUAAUGACAGGGUUGCCAGGUCACUGAAUUUCAUUAAAUUGGUCUAAUUUAAAAUACUCUAUUUGAAAGCUGCCAGUAUCUUGUUUUAUAGCAAAUAAUCAGCAGGAAAAAAAAAUAUAUCAGCAAAAAAAUGUAAUCCAAACUGCAGCCAGCGAUCUGUCUGUGAUGUACGAAACCUUGUCUGUUCUAAGAUAUAAUGCAAAAAAUUGUGAGAAGGUAAGAGGGACUAUGGAGUGAACAAUGUCUCUCCAUCAGAAAUGUCUACGCAACACAGCGACCUUGUUUCGAGACAAAAAGGAGAAAAAAUAUAGUUUUUCUCAGUGCCAGGGUUUUCUGAGGUAGGUUCAGGUCCUUCGUAUGUUAUUUUGUAAGCCGGAAAUUGUGCUGAAUCCAUACAGCAUGACAUACUAUAACCUUCUCUUUGUGUGUCUUGAACACUUUAGCACAGUUGUAUGUCUUAAACCAUACAAAACGAGUUGGCAGACUGUACCGUGGAUGAUGUUUAACCUCUA